GGCAGAGAUCUGAGAAGGGGAGCCCAGGACUAGUGGACCCAUUGCAACACCAGCUGGGUCUUUGCAGCCUGCGUAGACUCUUCAAGCUUUGGCCCCCACCUGCCUUAAACUUUCAGCCCCUUAUUUAUUUUGCAAAGGGGGGGGGGUUAGGCGCUGACGUUGGAGCUAAAAGUGUCUGCCUUCCAGAAGGCACCAAAAGGACUGGCAUUCGGAGCUGGCUUUCCAAUUUUAAAUGUAUUUUUUUUAGCUCCAAUGCCGAGGAAGCUUUAGGGAUUUAAAAGCUGAAAGCUCUGCCAAGGGAGCCGUGUGUGUAUUUGUGUGUGUGUGUAUCACUGAAAGCUAGCCCUAACCAGUCUCCUCCCCUGUUAAAUCCAUCUUUAAACCUUCCUUUCCAUUCACGGCACAGGGUUCCUCCUCGCUUUCUGGCUGCACAUAUUAUUUGCCUGCAAGCCUUGCACUCCAGCUCCCCUGACUUUGCCGGUGCCAUGGCUUCCGGAGGGGAAGGCGUGGAUGACAUUUCUCCGGACUGGGCAGGAGCCAGCAUAGUCGACUUGACCUCCCCGGAGCUGGAAAAGGCCAACCCCUCCCUGAUAGACAGCGGGGAAGAUUUCGAAGUCCUGGACAACGACGAAGAGGGAGAUGAGGACUUGAGUGGACUCCCUCCUCUGGAGGACGUGCCGCCCAGCAAGACCAAAGAAGAUGGCACAGGAGAUGCACCCGACGCCCCUGCGCAGGAGGAAGGCUCGGAAGCGACCCAAGAAUGGCUUGAUGUAUUAGGAAGUGGCUUGUUGAAGAAGAAAGUCCUUGUGGCGGGUCAUGGCCGGGAAAGCCGGCCAGUCAAGGGCCAGGAUGUGACCGUGCGGCUGAAGACCAUGUUGGAGGAUGGCACGGUGGUGGAAGAGGACCCCAAACUCACCUUCACGCUGGGAGACUGUGACGUCAUUCAGGGCCUUGAUCUCUGCGUACAGCUGAUGGAGAUGGGAGAGACAGCGCUUAUUAUUUUGGAUGCAAAAUACUGUUACAGCCCACAGGGGAAGAGCCCCGAUAUCCCCCCGGGUGCGAACCUGACCCUCGAAGUGGAGCUUCUGGAAGCACGGGAUGCCCCCGAUUUGGAGCUCCUUAGCGGGAAAGAGAAGAUUGAGCUGGCCAACCGGAAGAGGGAACGGGGCAACUUCCACUACCAGCGAGCCGACUAUGUCUUGGCCAUCAACUCCUAUGACAUUGCCCUCAAGGUGGUUGGCUCCAGUUCGAAAGUGGAUUUCAGCCCCGAGGAAGAGACAGAGCUGAUGGACGUGAAGGUGAAAUGCUUGAACAAUUUAGCAGCUUCUCAGCUGAAACUGGAUCACUACGAGGCGGCUCUGCGGUCCUGUAACCAGGUGUUGGCGCAGCAGCCAGACAACAUAAAGGCCCUCUUCCGGAAGGGAAAGGUCCUGGCUCAGCAAGGAGAAUACAGUGAAGCCAUCCCCAUCUUGAAGGCUGCUCUGAAGCUGGAGCCAUCCAACAAGACCAUUCACACAGAACUCUCGAAACUGGCUAGAAAGCACGCCGACCAAAAGAGCGUGGAGACAGAGAUGUACCGGAAGAUGCUGGGCAACACUGGGACCAGCAGCCUCCCCGCCAAGUGCAAAGACAAGUCAUCGUGGUCUAUUCCAUGGAAGUGGCUUUUUGGGGCCACCGCUGUGGCCCUAGGAGGAGUGGCCUUAUCCGUCGUCAUCGCAGCCAGGAACUAGUGUCGACCCACUUGCUACUGUUUGAGGAACCAGACCAGCCUUCCUUCCUCUUCCUCCCCACCCGAUGCCCCACAUUGCUCCCCCUCCGCUCCGCUCUCCAUGACCGGUACGCAACUUCGGACUGCAGAUCGGGGGGAACAUGGCGGGGCGGGGCUUUGCUCCUCCUAGACGUUCACCUACCCAGAGUCGAUGUGGGUCACCAGUGGGACUGAUGUGCGGGAGACGCCUCUUGGCAGGAAAGGAGAACUUUGUGCUGUCCGUGGCCACAGGGAUGGACUACUGUGUGCGAGGAGGAAAAAAGGACCCAGAAAUGUGGGUGUAUUUUGGGGGGGGGGAUUGGGGGCAAGAAACCUGGAUUUUUUGGGGAUGUUCUGCACAAUUUUCUGUCUCUUUUUUUUUAGUUGCAUGGGGGAUUUCUCAGCCCCUCUCCUCUUUGCUUCCUGUUUCUCUUUUGUGGGGUACCUGAGGUGUGCAUUUUGUUUGGGGGUGGUGGUCCUCCAAAGGUUUGGUACUGUGCUGGAAAGAAAGAAUGAGGGGAUCCUGUUAACAGCCAGGCUGGGGAGAAGGAUGUAUAUAGCUGUAAGACCAACCUUGGCCACGUUCACACUGCCCAUUUAUUGCACAACAAUCCCACUUUUAACUGCCACGGCAGCCCCAUAUGCAAUCCUGGGGUUUGGAUUUUUAGGCAGCAGGUACUUAGCAUUCCAAGCCAGAGAGCUCUACUGCCUCCCCAGACUACAAAUCCCAGGAUUUUACAGGCAGUGAAACUGGAAUCAUAGGUGCUGUGCUUGUCUAGUGUGGCAGAGCCCCGAUCACACACUGACUUGCGAGGUGGUGUUGUUGUUGUCUGUACUAGAGCUUAACACCCUCUCCAGUCUUUCCUUUGUGUAACACUGUUGUAAAGGGGCUACAGACCCGAUCUGGCUUGCCAACUCCCGGCUUGUUGGUUUCUUGUCCUCUUCUUUUAUUCCCAGGUAGAUGAAGCAUCUCAGGUGGGGGGGAGCAAAUGCGAGUGUGUGGAUGUGCCCCCUCUCCUCCCUAAAAUAAGGGGUCAACACACACCACCCCAAAUUCUUCUACAUUUUCCUCCUCCCUCCUCAUGCCCCUUAGUCUUAUACACUGGCAGCACCCCGUGCCAACCCCAGCCGGCCGAGCUUUGCCGAAGUGCAGAUUUCCCCCCCUCAAAGAUGCUUCGUUCUUUUUGGUUUCCACCGAUUUUUAAAACUGUGAAGAAAGAGCGACAACACCUCUCUUCCUCCCCGACAAAAGUCUUGGAAUAAAGUGAAAUCCUCUCAACAGCA